CCUGAAAGCUGUUCCCUCUUCUGCCUUGGGAAUGGUAUUGGACAAAAUGUUGCAAUUGGUAAAUUGCUCAUCUCAACAACAGGGUUCCCAGAUUGAACCACCUCAAACAACAAUAGUAUCAACAACAAAAGCUACACCAGCAAGCAGUUCACCUUCUACAACAAUAUCACCAACAACAAAUUCUGGAGGAUCCAGCACAACUUCAACAACACCAGGGACAACUACAGCAGGAAAUUCAACCAAAAUACAGAUGACCAAAGAAUCUUCCAGCAACAGCUCAACCAUGCAAAGUUCAUUGGACCAAGAUAUGAAAACCAUGUUGAAUUCCUUUGACAUGCAGCAGUCUGAUGGAGAUGUCAAAGGCCUUUCUAGUGUAGAAAUAAGUGGCACAUACCAUCAGCCAACAACUUUCCAUCCUGACAGCAGU